UUUCCUUCUUGUCACUCACAUGUGUUUUAGAGCGAUAGAGAAACUGUUCAACAGUCGUUAGGUUAGACGUAGGAAGAGGAAGACAAAUGAAAAUGCACUUUUCAACGGUGGUUAUAUUAACAGGUUGGAUGAUAAUUGGAUGCAGCACAACUGAUGCUCCACCAACUACAGCUACAACUACAGAUGAUACAGCAGUUAAAGAUUCAACGGCUACAACAUCACUUUUAGCUACUACAGGUUCUCCAGUAACCGUAACAUCAGGUGGUGCCACUGAGGAACAAAAAACAACUGCUUCUCCAACAAUUUUGACCAAUACAAGUGAAACAACAACCCCACUCACAAUACUUAGUUCCACCUCCAGCCAAUCUACAAUGGAUCAGGCAACUUCUAGUGCUAAUGCCAAUACUCCAACAACGGAGCUCCCUUUAAUUUCCACCUUGAGCGACUUUACAACAGAUCAGACAUCCUCUACUGAUAAUCCUAAUUCUCCAACAACUUUAAUUUCCACCUCAAGUGCUACAAACAACUCUACAACUAAUCAAACAACCCCUAGUUUUAAUGCUACUACUCCAGCAACUGAGAUCACCAGCGUAGCUCACAACGUGACUGAAGAAUUGACCACAGUCACAUCAGGUUUGAUGACUGAAAGUGAACAAACAACAUCCUCUUCAGAGAGUCAUACUACUUCAGAAAAAAUAACUAUAGGCAGUACAAAACCGGUUACUACUAGUACCAAAAGUACAACUACGAUAAAUACCACAACGAGUAAACCAGUGCUCUCUACUACAGCAUUAGUAACGUCAACUACAAAACCAUUAACAGCCACGACUCCAAACCAGAAUACUGUUGAGCAAAAUAAGAAGGACCCAGCUGCCCUGAGCUCAGGAAGUGUCGCUGCUAUCGUAAUUGGCUUCCUCGCCAUCGUACUAAUCUUACUUGUUGGGGCGUAUUACUUUAAAAUGAGACGUUCCUCUUAUGGACGUCUGUUGGAUGACGGUGAACACGGCUCUGUGGGGAAUUUUCUGAACCCAAUGUUUGAUGGCUAAAUGAGGAAGUGCUUCCUUUCUGAAGAACAACCUACACCUCUGUGUUUAACCAUGAACAUGGUUACAUCAGAUUCUGGAUUUUGGCCCCAAGAUUAUCGCUUAAGUCUAAACAUAAAUGAUAAACUGACCUGAAUUAUCAAGAGGUUGCAAAAUGUAGGCAAGACUAUCUGUAAAUGAGGAUUUUGUAUGUAAGGCCUGUUCUUGUGGAUCUUGGAAUUUAAUUGCAUUGCAAAUGCAUUUGCUAUUUAAAGGAAUAGUUCACCCAAAAAUGAAAAUUACCCCAUAAUUUACUCACCCUCAAGCCAUUUUAAGUGUAUAUGACUUUUUUUCUGUCAGACAAACAAAGUCAGAGUACUUUUCAAUUUAAUUUGGGCUCUUUCAUGCCUUAUCAUGGUGUUGGACAGUGGCUUUUAUUUUGAAGUUAAACUAACCCACACGUGUCAAAAGGCUAACAUAUGUAAAUCAAUGUUGUUGUAACAAAAAUAUCACAUUUUAAAACUUACCAAAUAUAUGCACAAAAACGUAACAUUUUCGACUUUUUCCAUUUAAAAAUAGCACCUUCAUUGGACUCCAAGUAAUGUAUAUCUUUUUUAACUGAAAUAUCUUGCCACUUAAAGUUAUUAACUCACUAUUCUGAGAAAAGCUCAAUUUGUGAAAUACUUGAAAUAUUAGUUCUGUCAUGAUAACGCUCAAGAAUCGAAUACACAUAUGGCAGUGUUGAUGUGAUUGUUCUUGGUGGAGUAGAUCUGCUACACUGCUGCUGCUGCUGCUGCUUAAUUAAUGGUGGAGAGCAAGUACUGAGACAUGCUAAUGCCAGUAUACUCAUAGACAUGCAGUCUGAGAAUACAAAACACUGCUGCUUCAAACAGAACACACAUAAAUCCUCUGUAGCAGACCUAUACUGCUGCAGUGGAUGAGGGAUCUGAAAACGUGCUACAGAUUGCUGUCAAAAACAAGCUGAUUGGCUACUGAGUAAACAGCCACCAAUCACUUGCACCAGGUUGGAAGCAGAUUGGUUAGGACCUAUCAAUAGAGUUUCAUGAUAGAACUUUGUAUUUGUAUAAAAGUGUCUUAGUAGUAAAAUUAGUAUUCUUAAAAAGUAAUCAUCUUAAAAGUAGGAAUUACCUAUUUUUUUUUGUAAUUGUUUAUUACAUUUUUAACAAACUUUAGUAGAUUUCAGUAUAAUGGAACACUUUGUGAUGUAAGGGUGUUUGUCCACCGAAGUGUUUUUCACAGUGCAGAAACACGAGCAUUGUUCUAAAAAAACAUAUUUUUGCAGCUCAGUGUCUUUUCAGUCGGUUACUGUUGGCCCAUUUCCACUGUGUGGUACAGUACGGGUUUGAUCAGGGUUGGGACUGAGUUCUGCAGGAAGGUAG